CGGCCAUCGCACGACGACGGAGGGAAAUGUCACUCGGGCCUUUCUCGAAAGCACAAGCGACUCGAAGCGCAGCUUUGAGCCGUCGAGGAGGAGGACUCAGGAUGGCAUUCACAAGUCUGCUCUUUGCUUGCAUUCUAACUGAAUUGACUUUUUCAACACAAGCACUGGUGAGCGUCAGCAACGUUACAGCCGAGUGCGGCGAGCAAGUGGCAAUACGCUGCAACGCGUCGACGCGGAGGGAUGGGCUGUCAGUCAAACAUAUGGAGUGGUCCCGAAACCACAAGCCUUUGUGUCAAGUGGACGGCGAGGGGAAAUUGAACCACAGCAGAAACGCAAAAAGCCACUUACGCUGCGAGUAUAAAAAAGGCCAGCUGUCACUCAUCUUUGCAAAAGUGCAGCCGGAGGAUAGCGGCGCCUCAAACCGCUACAUGUGCAAACUGCGGUCCAACUGGGGGAUUUCACAUGGAUAUAGCUGGAUAGAGCUGCAAGGACAGCCACGUCAACAUUCAGCAUCUGUGUGCGCAAAGCUCCGAUGAGCGCUGGCUCUCCUCGACCACAUCCAAAGCGAGAGUGUAAUGUAGAAUAAAAGACAAAAUGUGCAACAAAAGUUCACACAAAUGUCAUACCUGUGUGCGGCCGCGCCGUCCUCGCUGGCUCUCCCUUGAAAAGAAAUGUAAUAGUUGAAAAAGAUGUUUUUAUUGGCUUCUGAUUUCAAAACUGGCUAUUGUGUAUACUGUAUGCAAUUACAGUAUAUGAGAUAAUCUUUCCUUUUUAUGGGUUCACAGUUGUAGCGGGACCUCCGAGGGAAGUCAUAACUACGAUGUGGCCCGUGACAGAAAUCAAUUUGACAACCUUGCUCUCGAGCGUCAUUACACGACUACAACAUUGGCCCAAAAAUCACGUGAAAUAUCUCCAAUAAUCUAUUAGUCAGCAUAGCGCGACCAAUCCAGCUACUUUACGACUGGGGGCUCUUAAUCAAUAGAUUGUUUUGAGUUUUGUACAAGUACAUGCAUUGAUGGUCUGCUCCUCAGACUGCUGCGGGGUGGCCAAAGGCGUUUUGUCCAAGGACGGUCCUGUCUGCACGUUCAGCUACGUCCAUCCGAACGGAGACGUGCUCUGGUCUCACGCUUCCCGAAGCCAGUCGGAGGGACCUGUAAGGCAGAACACAUUUAAAAGUGUGGAGGAAGGCGGCUGGCUAACCAUUCAAAGUCAGCUGGAAUGGAAUUCCGACGGGCCCUUGAACUGUUCCCUGAUGAGCGUCGAUUCUGGAAGGCACAUUUCUUGCAAUUCGUCUGACGAGGUUGAAUUCCUUGACGGGUAUGGACUGAGACCUCAGGGUUCCCCACGCAAGGUCUGGAAUGGAGCCGCGUCACUUGUACCUUUCAGGACAAGUCUGUUGAUAUCAAUCAUAAUUGUCGUCAUGCAGAAAUGAAGGUUUCGCUUAAGUAAUUCCACAACAUUGAGGGUGAUUACUGAUGAGACAUCCGUUGUGUUAUUUAGUAACGAUGAGGUACUGGGAUUUUGCUAAUAAAGACCAAGGGAGCGCUGCUCGCACGGUCCAAAGGUUUAUGAUUGUGUUUCUACUUCCUGAUUGACGUGAACAAGGAAAUUGCACAAUGUUAACUGGCGACAACGAGGGAGCGGCUCGUCACCAUGGCAAUAAAAAAACGGCAU